GCUGGAUCAGUUGUAGCCCUUGAUUCGUCUAUGCUACAGAAUCCGGUUGCUGAUGUGUCAAUCAUUUCUCCUCUUGCAGCAUCCGGUUUGAAGGGGCACGGCUUGUACAUUGUCCAGCGUUACUUCAACUCGACAAAAAAUCCCACAGUGAAGAUACUGGGCAGUGAAACAGUGAAAAAUCUUGAGGCCCCAUUUUGUUGCUGGCUUUUCUUCAAAAGGGCCAAAUACCAUCAUUCUAGAUAUUCUCUGCUGGUUCUGUUAAAAUAAGUAGAUUUCAUCAUAGAAUCAUGUGGUGAUAAAUUCUUGCAAACAACAUACCAGCCAGAUAUAACAGCGCCAGGAGUGGAAAUCUUGGCAGCAUAUAUAUUCACCGGUGGCUUCGCCCUCAGAAAGCAACGGCGAUCACAGAUCUGUUAAGUACAGCAUAUUAUCAGGAACACCGAUGUCUUGUCCACACGUUGCUGGAUCAGCUGCUUAUGUAAAAUCACUUCAUCCCAACUGGUCACCUUCUGCAAUCAAAUCAGCCCUUAUGACAACAGCAUGGAAAAUGGAUUCCAAAAGGGAUCCACUGGCAGAGUUUGCCUAUGGAGCCGGACACAUUGAUCCGGUUAAAGCUGUAGACCCCGGCCUCGUGUAUGAGAAAUCUGAAGAGGAUUACUUCAAAAUGCUUUGCAGUUUGGGCAAUGAAACAGCAGCACUGAUAAAAAUAUUUCAAGGAAACUUCACCUGUCCAGCUGGAGCUCCAAUGGGAUUUCUACAUAAGGAUCUCAACUACCCUUCGAUGACUAGUCGCUUUCCUAGUAACGUGGAAACUUUUCUCCCAAAAAUUCACAAGAACGGUUACAAAUGUCGGGCCAGGAAACUCAACAUACAAGGUGACAGUAAGUAAAAGCACAGAGUAUGAGAUCACAGUAAGACCUAGAAUUCUAACAUUUGGAGCAUCUAAUGAGAGAAAAUCAUUUGAAGUGGUUAUCAGUGGUAAGAUCAACAGGAAAAUGGUGUCGGCCUCGCUGGAAUGGUUUGAUGGGGCCCACAGUGUUUGCAAUCCAAUUGCUGUUUAGACAGAUUACUUCUACUGAAGACCUUGUGAUUGUGAGGAAAAUAUGUAACAAUACUGAAAGUGAUUGAUUGAUACAUAUCACCUGUAGUUUACAUUGCAGUUAAUAUGAUUUAUUUUU